AUAGAAGAAAGCUGUCCUGGCAUAAUUUCAUGUGUUAUCCUCAGUUCACAAUAUAUUUUUAUCUGUUACACAUAAACAUGGAGGGAAAUGUCUGAUACAGAAUCGCAAAGAUUUUUGUUUCUUCUAGAGUAAGUUAUGCAGUGUAGCGAAGACGAUAAUGGCCAAGUAUCCUGGUAGUAGUUUAUACGAGAAUACAAGUCACAACAACCCUGAAAGCAGCCAUCUUCAGUGCGUUUCUUAUAGUAGUGGUUCGUGUCAAUGCUGCAAAGAUGUCACCACUUAUGAUAUCAAAUUGCCGAAUUUCAAUACAACAGCUAACGGCUAUUGUGGAUGGUUUCAACAGUGGUGAAGUUCCACUUGGAGGUCCAGAUGAUUCAAGCACAUUGAGUGCAACUGUGGGGAAUCUCAUCAAUGAGCAGCUGCAGGCUCUGACCAGCCAUAAAGAUGAUUCAACAUUAGAUGUGCUUAAUAACAAUAUGAUACAAGAACUUUUUGCAGAUGAGGGUACAGGUGCUGAACUGGAUGUGCUGAGUAAAGAUGUAGUUCAGGACCUAGUCUUAAAUGAAGACUCGACAAACACUUUGGACAUUCUCAGCAAAGGUGUGGCACAGGGAGUUGGAAAUGAACAGUCAUUGGAUGAUAUUAAUAAAGAUAAGGUUCUUCUGUGCCAUGAGACAAUCACAGAUGAUGGAGACAAUCUCAAGCAAACUUCUUCAGAAGGAUCAUCACCAUUACAAGUGAAUGAAGAUUGUGAUAACCCAGUGCUGCAAACAUUGCAGUCAUUUGAAUUAAUUCUGGAGUCAUUAUCAUUGCCAGACAAAAUCUAAUUUAUUUAUACAACUGGAUAAACUUUUACAGUUAUUGUCUUGAGGUCUGAAUUCAGUUAUUGAUUUCUUACCAAGCUGUACUACCUGUACAAUGUAGACAAAAGCCAGUCUAAAAAUAUAAAACUACUAAAGUAGUACAGCCUAUUCUAACAUUGAUUCAAAAUGACAUUAAUGACUUUCAUCCAGUUUUAUCACUGAACAGGAUUGCUAUGUGUCCAUUUUGCUCAACAUACAAGGCAUGUAAAACUCAAGAGCAAAAGCAUAUUUGCAGAUCAAUAAAUGAUUUUAUAAGGUUAUGUAUGUUUCAGUGUAUGUUCCAGGAAUCCAUCUGUAAAAAGUUUGUCAUUUUCUUAAUUCUUACAUCUUACAACAAGGAUGCGCUAACUUUUCAGAUCAGUUGUAUGAAAUAAGAAAUACAAGUGCCUGUGAGGGACAUUCAGUUUUCUCAAUGUAUGACAUGAAGUACUGUAAUCUGUUUAAUCUGUUCAUAAGUUAUCUUUUUCUUGAAGAUUUCUGUCUUCUGGGUUGUUGCUCUGUGUAGUCUGGUUAACAUCGACCAGACUACACAGCGCAACAACCCAGAAGACAGAAGUCUUCAUACUCACCGCUGUGAAAACCUCAAAUCUUACAUAUCUUUCUCUUUAUUGAGAAAGGUCAAUAAAUUAGCUGUUUGAGUUCAAAUUAAGAGCAGUCAUCUGUAUGUCUGUUAUAAAGUAGAUUACUGUAAAAAGUAUGUUUUUGUACAUUUUACAUUCCACAGAAUUAAAUUUGGCUACACUUGCAUCUCUCCCAAGUUACUUGACUUGGUAUAAGUGAUGGAUUUGUAGGUUAUUUAUUGAGUCUCUUUCAACUAGAGAGGUUGUAUAUAAGGAUGCAAAUUACAUUUUAGAAGAUAAGGUCAAUAGAAAAGGCCAGGUGAAUAUCCAACACUUGGUACAAUAUAAAGUAAUUUACUAGAAUGUAAUUAAAACUUGAUGCCUACAUGGUUCAAUUACUGGGAAUAAAAACUAUGACAUCUUAAGUCA